CUGGCAUUUUACUAAACCAUGUAAAAGGGAGCAAAACCCAAUGUUAAGUCCGCCAUAAUCCAUUCCUAAUCCAGAUUGGAGCGGGGAACAUGAUCUGUUCGUGUUUGCGAUUGUAAUUGCCAGUGUAAUUCGGAUCCGCUAAUUAUACUCUCCAUUGUAUGUGUAUAUAAGGCCUGAUGCCAACGGAACCUGUCCAACAGUUGUUGUUGUGUUUGGGAUAUGUUGUCAUACAUCAUUCCGUUGCUGAUCGUUUCUUCGGCCUUGUACGAUGGCUGUGCCGCAAAGAAAAACUGGGAAUGUGAACCCCAAUCGGUCAGCGUGUAUUCCACCAACGCAAGCGUCUUGGAUAUUCAGGUGAGAAUGGAGCGGGUGGGCCGCACGGGGUUUUACUUCUCGGGAAACGUUUACUGGAACCUCGAGAUCGACGACAGCGUCAUGCUGGAGGUGGUGCUCUACCGGAGCACAACCGGCGACGAAAGUGACUACAAGCUGACCCCCAUGUCGAUUCGCAGGCAGACAUUCAUCGAAUACCUAAACACCUACUACAAGGACAUGGUGAUCAAGAAUCUGGGCGACUGCUCCGAUCUGCCGCAGUACGAGGACAAGUAUGUGCCGCCGUUCCCGAUGAAAACCUACACCCUGACCCGCUGCACCGUCAAUGGCAAGGGGAUGCCACAAGUCCUUCUCGCCGGAUUCUACAAGAUUCUGAUCACGAUCAGCCACGCGACCGUGAUCCAAAAGGUGGAAGUCAUUAUUAAAAUCACAAAUACGAUGUUGUGAACAGUCGCACUUAUCCGUUAAAUAAAUGCAAGCAAAAACAACCUCCUAGAAAUGUCGGUCCGAGGGUCCCAG